AUACAAAUCAUGGAGCUUGUUGAUACUCCAUCAAUUAAGGUUUUGGAAGACGUGGUUGUUGAUCGUCAGGUUGCAGGCUUCGAUCCCAACUUUUGGGAUGACUAUUUUAUUACAAAUAAAAAAUCACAGAUGGCUCUUCAGGCUUUUCAAAAUCAUAUACAAGUCAUGGAGCUUGUUGAUACUCCAUCACUCAAGGUUUUCGAAGACGUGGUUGUUGAUCGUCAGGUUGCAGGCUUCGAUCCUAGCUUUUGGGGUGACUACUUUAUUACAAAUCAGAAAUCACAGUCUGAGGCAUGGAUGAAUGAAAGAGCUGAAGAGCUCAAGAAUGAAGUAAGGAGCAUGUUCCAAAACGUGACUGGCAUCCUACAAACCAUGAAUCUAAUUGAUAUAAUUCAACUUCUUGGACUUGAUUACCAUUUCAUGGAGGAAAUAGCCAAAGCUUUAGACCAUCUCAAGGAUGUUGACAUGAGCAAAUACGGGCUCUAUGAGGUUGCUCUUCAUUUUCGACUGCUUAGACAAAAAGGAUUCAACAUUUCUUCAGAUGUAUUUAAAAAGUACAAGGAUAAGGAGGGAAAAUUUAUGGAAGAACUAAAAGAUGAUGCUAAGGGUCUCCUGAGCUUAUAUAACGCGGCUUACUUUGGAACUAAAAAAGAGACUAUACUCGACGAAGCUAUUUCUUUUACUAAAGAUAAUCUUACAUCUUUGUUAAAAGAUUUAAAUCCUCCAUUUGCAAAGCUAGUGUCUCUCACUCUCAAGACACCUAUUCAACGAAGCAUGAAACGAAUUUUCACAAGAAGCUACAUCUCUAUUUACCAAGAUGAACCAACACUAAAUGAAACAAUAUUUGAGCUUGCAAAGUUGGACUUCAACAUGUUACAAUGUCUCCACCAGAAGGAGCUCAAGAAAAUAUGCGCGUGGUGGAAGAAUCUGAAUUUAGACAUUAUGCAUCUAAAUUUUAUUCGAGACCGAGUGGUGGAAUGUUAUUGUUGGUCGAUGGUGAUACGUCAUGAACCUAGUUGUUCUCGUGCUCGACUGAUAUCGACUAAGCUACUUAUGUUAAUUACUGUCUUGGACGACACCUAUGACAGCUACAGCACACUAGAAGAGAGUCGACUACUUACAGACGCAAUCCAAAGGUGGAACCCUAAUGAAGUAGAUCAACUACCAGAAUACUUGAGGGAUUUCUUUCUCAAAAUGUUGAACAUUUUUCAAGAAUUUGAAAAUGAACUUGCACCGGAGGAGAAGUUUCGAAUAUUGUACCUCAAAGAAGAAUGGAAAAUUCAAUCUCAAAGUUACUUCAAGGAAUGCCAAUGGAGGGAUGACAAUUAUGUGCCCAAGUUAGAAGAGCACAUGCGUGUUUCAAUCAUAAGUGUGGGAUUUGUCUUGUUUUAUUGCGGAUUUUUGAGUGGCAUGGAGGGGGCAGUGGCCACAAAGGAUGCAUUUGAAUGGUUCGCAAGCUUUCCUAAGAUCAUAGAAGCUUGUGCAACAAUUAUUCGUAUCACUAAUGACAUAACUUCAAUGGAGCGAGAACAAAAGGGGGUACAUGUUGCCUCAACGGUAGAUUGCUAUAUGAAGGAAUAUGGAACAUCAAAAGAUGUUGCAUGCGAGAACCUCCUAGGCUUUGUUGAAGAUGCAUGGAAGACUAUCAACGAGGAACUCCUUACUGAAACUAGAUUGUCCAGGGAAGUAAUUGAACUAUCAUUCCACUCUGCGCAAACUACAGAAUUUGUAUACAAGCAUGUCGACGCAUUCACAGAACCUAAUACCACGAUGAAGGAAAAUAUAUUUUCUCUAUUUGUUCAUCCUAUCCCUAUUUGAUGACAGUAGUUGCUGCAAUCAUGUACUAUUUGAUAUCUUAUAUUGUCGUGUGCUUAAGUUAUUAUUGUUAGAAAAUUAGUUUGGUGACUAUUAGGUAUAAGAUGACUAUUUCGCAAGUAGACCGUUGUAAAUCAAUUUCUCAUUCAAUUUCUCAAGUGAAUGAGAAAUUAUUGUUUAAUGAAGGAUUGGUCCGAUUUGAUCGGACGGAAAUUUGAUUCGCAUA